ACCGUUCGUGUCCGUCCUCUAUGAGAGAGAAUCCGGGCCCGGUCCAAUCACGGGUCGCGAAACACCAGCCGCCGAUAUCACCUCCCUACUUCCGAUUGGGUUGCUAUAUUUAGGAAGCCACCCUCGGCUUUAUAAAGAGGACGCGGGCGCACGUUACAAAGAGAAUAGCUUCCAACAUGGCGAGGGAGGCGCAGACGGGGGUCGACAUCCGCAAGAAGCUGGUGGUGGUGGGCGACGGAGCGUGCGGGAAGACAUGUCUCCUGAUCCUCUUCAGCAAGGACGAGUUCCCGGAAGUCUACGUGCCGACCGUGUUCGAGACUUACGUGGCGGACAUCGAGGUGGACGACACCAAAGUCCAGCUGGCCUUGUGGGACACCGCCGGGCAGGAGGACUACGACCGCCUGCGUCCUCUCUCCUACCCGGACACGGACGUCAUUCUCGUGUGCUUCUCCGUGGACAGCCCGGACUCGCUGGAGAACAUCCCGGAGAAGUGGGUGCCGGAGGUGAAGCACUUCUGCCCCAACGUGCCGGUCAUCCUGGUGGGCAACAAGAAGGACCUGCGCCACGACGACCACGUCAAGCAGGACCUGGCCCGCCUGAAACUGGAGCCGGUGCGGCCCGAGGACGGCCGCGCCAUGGCCAUGCGGAUCGGGGCGUACGACUACGUGGAGUGCUCGGCCAAGACCAAGGAAGGCAUCUGGGAGGUGUUCGAAACCGCCACACGGGCGGCCUUACAGAAACAAUCCUCCAAACGCUCCGGCUGUCUACAAUGCUGCGUUUUGAUGUGACUUUACACCAAAGACCCGCCUGGAUGAGGCCUACUUUUGGGCAGGUUUGGAUCAAGCCGGCUCCCAAAGACACUCGUGAUUUUUAAAUGACUAAAAAAAAAGAAAAAAAAAAGGACUUCUUCUUUUUUGCCUUCUACAAAGACUGCAUAUCUGCCAUUUUUAAAGCAGUAACUUUUGCACUAUGUGUUUUUAAGUUAAGUCCGUGUAGAGAGCGGUGGUUCUCGAACCUGUUUUUUCCACCGAGGACCACCUCAGAUAACACUCAAGUGCCAGGGUAAUGUCCAACAUGAAUGUGGGGUAGCGUGGUAGGCCUAAGUAUUCAUAGAAAACAAGGCCGAGGGUUUAUUUGACGAUAUUUUUGUCCACUGUAACAUUACACAAACAUCGGGGGGUGAGAGGUAAUAACAUUUAUCUUGACUGCAGUAACAUAGUAGGCCUAAAUAUUCAUAGAAAACAAGGCAAAAGGUUUAUUUGACAACAUCUUUGUCCACUGUAACAUUACAAACAAUGCACAAACAUCGGGGGGUGAGAGGUAAUACCAUUUAUCUUGACGCAGUAGCGUAGUAGUAAUGUCCAACAUGAAUGUGCGGUAGCGUGGUAGGCCUAAGUAUUCAUAGAAAACAAGGCCGAGGGUUUAUUUGACGAUAUUUUUGUCCUCUGUAACAUUACACACAAUGCACAAACAUCAGGGGGUGAGAGGUAAUACCAUUUAUCUUGACUGCAGUAGCGUAGUAGGCCUAAGCAGUCAUAGAAAACAAGACCGAGGGUUUAUUUGACAAUAUUUUUGUCCACUGUAACAUGAAUGUGCGGUAGCGUAGUAGGUCUAAGUAUUCAUAGAAAACAAGGCCGAGGGUUUAUUUGACAAUAUUUUUGUCCACUGUAACAUUACACACAAUGCACAAACAUCAGGGGGUGAGAGGUAAUACCAUUUAUCUUGGCUGCAGUAGCAUAGUAGGCCUAAGUAUUCAUAGAAAACAAGGCCGAGGGUUUAUUUGACGAUAUUUUUGUCCACUGUAGCAUUACACAAGCAUCGGGGGUGAGAGGUAAAACCAUUUAUCUUGACGGCAGUAGCAUAGUAGGUCUAAGUAUUCAUAGAAAACAAGGCCAAGGGUUUAUUUGACAAUAUUUUUGUUCACUGUAACAUUACACAAACAUUGGGGGCGUGAGAAGUAAUACCAUUUAUCUUGACUGCAGUAGCAUAGUAGGCCUAAGUAUUCUUAGAAAACAAGGCCGAGGGUUUAUUUGACGAUAUUUUUGUCCACUGUAACAUUACACAAACAUCGGGGGAAAGGGGGGUGAGAGGUAAUACCAUUUAUCUUGACUGCAGUAGCAUAGUAGGCCUAAAUAUUCAUAGAAAACAAGGCAAAAGGUUUAUUUGACAAUAUUUUUGUCCACUGUAACAUGAAUGUGCGGUAGCAUAGUAGGCCUAAGUAUUCAUAGAAAACAAGGCAAAAGGUUUAUUUGACAAUAUCUUUGUCCACUGUAACAUUACAAACAAUGCACAAACAUCGGGGGGUGAGAGGUAAUAGCAUUUAUCUUGACGCAGUAGCGUAGUAGUAAUGUCCAACAUGAAUGUGCGGUAGCGUGGUAGGCCUAGGUAUUCAUUGAAAACAAGGCCUAAGGGUUUAUUUGACGAUAUUUUUGUCCACUGUAACAUUACACACAAUGCACAAACAUCAGGGGGUGAGAGGUAAUACCAUUUAUCUUGGCUGCAGUAGCGUAGUAGGCCUAAGUAUUCAUAGAAAACAAGGCCGAGGGUUUAUUUGACAAGCAUAACAUUACACACAAUGCACAAACACCAACAUAUUUAUCUUGACACAUACAAACAUGUACUUCAGGGGGAGUGGGAACAAAUUGUGUCUAGUUCCAAGCCCCUUUAAUGCACUGCCUGCAGGGGGCGCUGUGAGGCAACAGCAUCUCCAUGUAAAUAACUAUGUUGACACAUGCAGAUGAAAAAAAAUAAACAUGAAACUUAAA